UGAGAACAAUAGGAGGGACCCCAUGAGGUCCAUAAGCCUUCUGAGGAUUUAGGCCAGCAAGGCCAUGGAAAACAUCAUUUCAAAGAAUUUUGAUUGAAGACAUGAAAUAGUCAUGAGACUGACCAUUGGAAGUGUGUUUUGUCACAUCAUUCCAUUAUUCUGUAUCUGUAUAUGUAUAUUCUGUAUUUGUUUGCUAGUUGCCGGAACUUAGAGAAAUGAUAAGAAAGAGAGAGAGAGAGAGAGAGAGAGAGAGAGACCUGGAGAGGCACACUCCCCACGCCGUUCCUGUCCAGCUCCUCCUGUACAUAAUGUAUAUAAAGUAUAUAUAUAGUGUAUCAUGCUAGUUGGCGCGGUUACCACCUCAGGUACCUGCCACUCACAUAAACUUUUAGAAUAGUUGCCUAGUGUCCACUAGCAACUUUAAGUUUAUUAUGUAAUUAUUGUAAUGGUAACUAAGUUUAAAUAAAAAAAAAAAAAAAAAGAGAAAGAGAAGAGAGAGAGAGAGAGAGAGAGAGAGAGGACAUCCUGGCUUGGGGAGAAAGGUGGCAAGUCAAGUUUGCCCCAGAGAAAACCCAGGCCAUGGUGAUCACCCGCUCACAGGGAGAAGCAGACCAACUGCGUGGAAAGUUGCGUCUCGGGCCAGACACCAUCCCUCUGCAGGACACCAUUGAAAUCCUUGGGGUGGAGGUGGAUUCCAGGCUGCAGUUCGACCGUCACCUGGAGAAAGUGGCGCGGAACACCUCCUUUAAGGUGAACCUACUGCGCCGGAUGAAACACCUCCUCCAUGCUGACGGCCUCCUCACACUCUACAAGGCCCAGGUAAGGCCUAUAAUGGAAUACGCCCCUCUUACCUGGAUGUCAAGUGCCCGCUGCCACCUCAGCCUACUAGAUAAAGUACAGCGCCGGGCAGAGCGCUUGAUUAGCGGCGCUACACAUCAUCAACAACACCAUCCACAUUGGUGGAGGAGGCAGCAACACAGACAGCCUCAACAAGAGCAACAGCAACAGCAAGAGCAGCGGCAGCAGGAGGAACAGCAGCGGCACGACAUGAGGGACAGCCUCGAGCACCGCAGGAGAGUUGCCGCCUUGACAGUGCUCCACAAGGCACAAGUGCAGCGCGUACCCCACCUGACGAACUUAGGGACAACCUGGAGGAGACACGAGGUUGGCACGAGGACGGUGUCGGCCAAUGACCUCCUCCUGGAAGUCCCGAGGUCCCAUAGCUCUACUCACCAGCGUGCCUUUACAUCAGCAGCGGUGGUGUGGUGGAACGAGCUCACUACAGAUGUGGAUGUGAGGGGCCUGUCCACACAGCAAAUUAAGGUAGCAGCCCAUAGGUGGCUGCGUCUACACCCUCCUUAAUGUCAAUUUCGUACAUAAUGCUUCGCCUAGGAUGUACAUAGUAUUUUCAAUUAUUCAUCUAAUAUUAUCUGUUAAAAUUAAGUUUAGUUAUUACUACAUUACAAUUUGUUUAUAAUGUAAGUGUAAGGGCAGUAGCUUUAAGAUAGCUCACCUACGGCAAGGAUGAGCUUUAGCAUAGGCACAUUUAACUGUCCCAUGUAAUAUAUAUAACCACCUGUUUAAAUAAAAAAAAAAAAGAGAGAGAGAGAGAGAGAGGCCCCCAUGCACCAAAAAAUAAAAUCUUAAGUGGGGGGGAUCACCGCAUGCCAAAAAAAAAAAAGUUAAUAUACCUUGAAGAGUCUCCGGAGAAAACUAUUUACUUUUUGGCAUGAAAAUUUUAUUAAAAAAAAAUAACAAUAAUGAUUUGAGUUGUAGUGUCUUUACACUUUGAACAUUGCAGCUCAUGUACCAGCACCACAGCCAGCCAACAUCGAAUCUUACACACUUGUUCAUGUUAACAGCAGCCACACAAAGAGAAGGAGUUUGUCCUCUUCUUUCUUUUCUUUUCCAUCCUUUGUCGUCAUUCUUUGUGAUAAGAUUUUCAUUGUCCAUAUUCUAUCACCUUUUAUCCUAUACAUAUGUACAUUGUUGCAUUCUUGUGUUAUGUUGUUGGCACUGUCUCACUCCCUGGUGCUGUGCUCAGGUGACACCAGUGGGACGGGUGAGGUGUGUGGCAGGGGUGGAUGACCACACCGCGGGGCCGUGGGGAUGCCGGGCGUGCCGGGCGUGCUGGGCCAUUGGUGAGGCUGUAUCGGGCCGGGACGCUGCUGGCUGGGCAUCACCGUGCCAGUGGGGAGGAGGAGGGAUGGACGUCAGGGAGCAUCAGCACGUCCCUGGAAACCUGUAGGUGAUAAGACUUGCUUCAGUCAGUCGGUCAGAAGGAAUGGUAGAAGUUUUUUGCAACUUACCAAAAAGGCAAAGGACAUUCUGAAGCUAGACGAGGAAGGGAAGUUGUGUGUUUUUAACCGAUUUAUAUCAUGGUAUAUCUGUGUAUGAUAUGUAUUUUUAUUUAUUUAUUAUUCUUUUCCUGUAUAUUUUAAGGAGCACAAGCAUGUAAAUUUAGCAUCAUCAUCAUUAUUAUUAUUCUUGGAUAUUCUUUAUGGUUUAAAUCACCUUAGAAGGACUGAGUAACUGGGAUACAUAAUGUGGGGAUGUAUUUACGUAGUGGUGCCUUUUAUAAUAAUGAAUUCAAUAUGUA